AUGAUCACCGCACAGCCCGUCCUAGCCCCUCUUUCCCGGAUGGAGUCAGACUACUCGACCGCUGGCAGCGACGCUGACAAGCCGCACACUACUUUUGUUGAGGACAAGCCGCGUCUGGAAGCGGUCUCUGAAGCUGACGAGGAUCACAUCGGAGAGGCUCAGUAUCAGUCCGCGAAGGACGGUCCCCCGAUCACCCCGGAGCAGAACCGAGCUAUCCUCAGGCGUAUCGAUCUGUGCAUCCUGCCGCUAUUCUUCAUUACUCAGACGCUGCAAUUCGUCGACAAGACCGCACUGAACUAUGGAAAGGUAUACGGUAUGGACAUUGCGACUGGCCUAGUCGGCGAUCAAUUCUCCCUUACCGCUAGCAUGUUCUACAUUGGCUACCUGGUCGCACAACCCAUCUUCUCCACCCUCAUCGGUCGAUACCCCGCUGGCAAGGUCCUUGGCUGCUGCACCGUCCUCUGGGGAGUCGCUGUACUUACGACGACCGCCAACAAGAACUUUGCGGGCGUCAUGACCAACCGAUUCUUCCUAGGUGCACUCGAAUCAGCGGUCACGCCUGGACUUUCCUUGAUGACUGGCUUCUGGUACACUCGCGCCGAGCAGCCGUUCCGUCAGACUAUAUGGUACACCUCUGUCGGAGCAGGCGGGAUGAUCGGUGCCUUUCUCGCAGCCGGUAUUGCCAAACUCUCGGAUAACCCUGUACCCCGUUGGCAGCUGAUCUUCUACAUUCUCGGCGCAAUUACCACCGCGUGGGGCUUCGUUCUGCUCUUCCUUCUCGCCGACUCUCCCGCCGACGCCUUCUGGCUCAAGAAGGACAUUCGCGCACUCGCCGUCGUGCGAGUCGCCGGCAACGGCACUGGUAUCAAGUCUCGCAAAUUCAACAAGCGUCACGCCCUCCAAGCUCUCCUCGAUCCAAAAACAUGGCUCCUCUUCAUCUCGACCUUUGCAGGCGCACUUCCCAACGGUGUCACCAGCAACUUUAGCGGCUCGAUCAUCACCGGUAUGGGCUUCACCAGCUUUAACGCCGCUCUUCUCGACUCGGCCGGACGCGCGAUUCAAAUCGUGACCCUCCUCAUCGCUGGUUACAUUGCUAGCCGCUUUGCCAAUUCGCGAGUCUUGAUGGUGACCUGUGCUUGGCUCUUGCUUAUUGUCGUGGGUUCCGAGGGAGAACAGCUGGCCAAGACUCCCAACUGCUCUUCUAUCGGAUUUGCUCUCGGUCUCGUCAUGAUCAGCGCCAACAUUGGCGGGUACACCAAGAAGUCCAUCACCUCGUCUCUCGCCUUUCUCGGCUAUUGCUUGGGCAACAUCGUUGGCCCCCUCACCGUCUUGUCUAGCGAGGCUCCGGUCUACACUACCGCUACCACAGCUAUGGUGGUCUCUUUCACGGUCAAGCUACUGGCUCUGCUCACUCUUGGCAUAUACAUGAUGUGGCAGAACAAGGUGCGGGAUCGCAAGUAUGGUCCAGCGAACAAAGAGCGGGCUGCUGCAGCGGGUAUGCAGGACAAGAGCGAGCAGGACAAUCCGGACUUCCGGUACGUGUAUUGA